AUGUCGAAACGAGGAGCUGGCGCUGUCGACCAGAUUGUGAAGCUCAUUGUUGGAGCCGGGCAGGCCAGUCCGAGUCCCCCAGUCGGCCCUGCGCUUGGUAGUAAAGGUGUCAAGUCCAUGGACUUUUGCAAGGCAAGCCCGCUUCAUAAUUGUGCUGGGAGCCAUUGCUCGAGGCAUAGACUCGACGAGUUUAAUGCUAGAACUGCACACAUCGUCGUCGGCACCCCCAUGCCUUGCCGUGUCACUGUCCGCCCUGACCGAUCAUUUGUCUUCGACCUGCGAACGCCCCAGACAUCAUGGCUUUUGAAAAACGCCUGCAACGCACCCGUGGGGAAGAAGGGAAGGAAGGGAGCACAAAAACCUGGCCACGAGUCGAUCGGAACUGUGAGCCUGAAGCACAUUUAUGAAAUCGCAAAGAUUAAGCAGUCUGAACUUCGAUUGUCCGGAUUAUCACUGGAAGGACUCUGCCGAUCAGUUAUUUUCCAGUGCAAAUCGAUGGGAAUAGAUGUUGUGGCUUAA